AGACUAGGAACAGUUAACAACGGUACCUUGAAAAGACGGAGCUAUUUUCAUGGGACACGGUUAGUAUUGUAGAGGUCGGCACAUGAUUUGUCAGUGAACGAAAUGCCCAGGCUGUACCGUAGUUUAUCAUAGUUUUAAAACCUAUUUGGUAUCAUGCUAACAUGGUUGUACGAAUGAAACUUGCAAGACUGUAAAACGAUGUGAAUACUGCUUUGCACACAAUCCCAAGGAUGUCAAUUUCUACAACAUCCUGACCGCUAGUUUACGUGCGUCAUUAAGCAGUUUGGAUCUCAGAGAAAGAGAUCCAAAUUGUCAGAACAUCGUCAGCUAGUUGAUAGUAAUAAUAUUGUAACGUAAAUGACUAUCUGAUAUUUUUUUACCAGUUUGUAGUGUUGAAGAGGUAAAAACAGUGCAGGGACCAUGCCUCUAUCAGACUUUGUGGAUGCCCUGAAGGACAACCCGUACUUUGGGGCUGGCUUUGGGUUGGUGGGGGUGGGCUCAGCCAUUGCUUUGGCCAGGAAAGGAGCCCAAUUUGGCAUGAUAUUUUUCCGGAGGAACUACAUGAUUACCCUGGAGGUGCCCAGCCGGGAUAAGAGUUACCACUGGCUCCUGAGCUGGAUCACCAAGCAUGCCAAACACACGCAGCACCUGAGUGUGGAGACUUCCUACAUGCAGCACGAGAGUGGACGGGUACACACACAGUUUGACUUCCACCCCAGUCCUGGGAACCACAUUAUCUGGUAUGGGAGGAAGUGGAUCCGAGUAGAGCGAACCAGAGAGAAACAGAUGGUGGACCUCCACACAGGUACUCCCUGGGAGUCGGUGACUUUCACUGCCAUGGGCAGAAACAGAGACGUCUUCUUCAACAUCCUUCAGGAAGCCAGAGAGUUGGCCCUGAAGCAGGAGGAGGGGCGGACAGUGAUGUACACAGCCCUGGGCUCGGAGUGGAGGCCCUUUGGGUUCCCACGGCGACGGCGUCCCCUCAGCUCAGUGGUUUUGGAGCAGGGCCUGGCCGAUAGGAUCGUGGACGAUGUCAAGGAGUUCAUCGGAAACCCAAAAUGGUACACUGACAGAGGAAUCCCUUACAGGAGAGGAUAUUUGCUUUAUGGGCCUCCUGGCUGUGGGAAAAGCAGCUUCAUCACGGCCCUGGCUGGAGAGCUGGGUUACAGCAUCUGCCUAAUGAGUCUAAGCGACCGAAGCCUGUCCGAUGACCGCCUCAACCACCUGCUGAGCGUGGCGCCGCAGCAGAGCAUCAUCCUGCUGGAGGACGUGGAUGCCGCCUUCGUCAGCCGAGAGCUGCUACCCACAGAGAGCCCAAUGGCCUAUCAGGGGAUGGGCAGGCUGACCUUCAGUGGACUCCUCAACGCUCUGGACGGAGUGGCCUCGUCAGAGGCCAGAAUCGUCUUUAUGACCACCAACUUCAUUGACCGGUUGGACCCAGCUCUGAUCAGACCAGGCCGUGUGGACUUGAAGCAGUUUGUGGGCUACUGCACCCACUGGCAGCUCACGCAAAUGUUCCGGCGUUUCUACCCUGCCGAGCCAGCCACAGAGGGGGAGCGGUUUGCCCAGAGUGCACUGGCCACCCUCCCUAACAUCAGUGCCGCACAGGUUCAGGGACACUUCAUGCUGUACAAAACGGACCCAACAGGCUCCAUAGACAAUGUAGCAAAGAUGAAGCAGUGAGGAGAUGCGAAGGACUCUUGGAAGCAGUCACAAGUUGACCAGAAAGGAGAAAAUGACUGCCAUGUUUUUGAAAGAAAAUGUAGUGACUUGUUAAAAUAAAUGAUGUGCUGUUAUGUAUGUGAAAGUGAUUGUGUGCUGACCUACUAAAUAAAAGUGAGUCUACUUUUUAAAUCAAA